UCAGUCUCCUCCUCCUAUGUAAAUGUCAGUGUAAGUGAGCGGGACCCGAGGCGGGGAGAGCGGUCCCUGAAUGAGGAGGCGGACGGGGGGAGUUGCCUUCACGGAUGUGCGCCCCUCUGCAGCUCGGUACACGGAGGUGUGCGGUUCUCUCUGUGUGUGUGUGUGUGUGUGUGUGUGUGUGAGAGUGUGUGUGUCUGUUCCAGCCUUUGUAUCUGCUCGGAGGAGAGAAACCCACACGACUCCUUUGGAUGCAAUCAUGUCACGAGCGCCCUGCCUUGCUACGAGAGCAUCAUCUGAAUAAUACAGGCUGUUAUAAUCCACGCAGGCCACUAAAGGACAUUAAGGAAUAAAGCUAUGGGUGGGCAGAUAACGAGAAAUGCCUUGUACGACUCCCUCGGCGGCCCGUUCCCAUCCACGUCACACCGAUGUCACCACAAGCCCAAGAGGUGUCUGCCCAUCCAGUGCGGCAGCGUUGGCGGACCUUUCCCGGUCAGCCCGCUCCUUUUCCAUCCAAACACCAAGGGAUCCCAGAUAGUCAUGGAUUUGGCCCAGAAGACCGUCAAGAGGCAGGCCAGCUUCUGCAACGCCAUCACCUUCAGCAACAGGCCCAUCGCGCUGUACGAGCAAGUCCGCCUCAAGAUCACUAAAAAGCAGUGCUGCUGGAGUGGAGCUCUGCGUCUGGGCUUCACCUCCAAAGACCCCUCCAGGAUCAACCCCGACAACCUGCCGAAGUACGCCUGUCCCGAUCUGGUGUCCCAGAGCGGCUUCUGGGCCAAAGCCCUGCCCGAAGAGUUUGCCAACGAGGGAAACAUCAUCGCUUUCUGGGUCGACAAGAAGGGCAGGGUCUUCUACCGCAUUAACGAGUCCAGUCCCAUGCUGUUCUUCAGCGGAGUCCGGACAGCGGAGCCGCUCUGGGCCCUCAUUGAUGUUUACGGUCUGACCCGCGGAGUCCAGCUGCUAGACAGUGAGAUCGUUCCUCCAGACUGUCUGCGCCCACGCUCCUUCACCACGGUGCGCUCCUCCUCCCUGCGCCGCGAGGCCGACGACUCCCGCCUCUCCGUCAGCCUGUGCGAUCUCAACCUGCAGCAGGAGGACCGAGGCCCCGCCCACUCUCACCGCCACACGCUGCACCUGGCCUCGGCGUCCUCCUCCUCCACCUGCCCCAUCCCCCAGAAUUCCCUGAACUCGCAGCAGUCCUCCCUGCUGCCCUCGGCCCUGGAGAGCGACCUGCACUUCCACCAGCUGCGCGGCGCCCACAUCAAGACGCUGGACGAGCAGACAGUGGCCCGGUCCGAGCACGCCCGGGAGGAACGGACGCUGGUCUUCACCAACCGGCCCCUGCGCACCGGAGAGACCGUCUUCAUCAAGGUCACCAAGUCCAGCCCGGCGCGCUCGGGCUCGCUGUCGUACGGCGUGACGUCCUGCGACCCGGCGGUGCUGCGCCCCAGCGACCUGCCGUACAACCCGGAGGCUCUGGUGGACAGGAAGGAGUUCUGGGCCGUGUGCCGCGUGCCGACGCCUCUGCAGAGCAGCGACAUCCUGGGCUUCCUGGUCAACCAAGAGGGAGAGGUCAUCCUCAGCCACAACGGCACCAACGUGGGGAUGCAGGUGUGCGUAGACAACUCGCGCCCCCUCUGGAUGUUCUUCGGCCUGCACGGAGCUGUGACGCAGCUGAGGAUUCUGGGCUCCACCCACGUCGGGGACCCACGGGCCACGUCCAACCCCAGCUCGCCCUCCUCCUCCCCACACACGCCCAGCGCCCUGGGGAGCGGCGUCUCCGACCCGGUCCUGAACGGAGGCUUGUGUUCGGCCGCCUACUGCAGCUCAGCCGGAGGAACGACGCCCAGCUCCCCGGUCAGCCUCCCCAAGUCUCCCACGUUCCCGUCGGGCCAAGGCCCGUGGGCCGACGAGUGCUCCAUCUGCUACGAGAACGCCGUGGACUCGGUCAUCUACACCUGCGGACACAUGUGUCUCUGCUACGCCUGCGGCCUCAAGCUGAAGAAGAUGUCCAACGCCUGCUGUCCCAUCUGCAGGAGACAGAUCAAAGACAUCAUCAAGACGUAUCGCAGCACGUAAAGAGCGCCUCAGUCUGACCAACAGUCGGUGACGUUCAGGGACUUUGUUUUCCUCCUCUGGGAUUGGAGAAAGCUUCCAGUGAGGAAGAAGCUGAACUCAUCUGGUCUUGGAGCCUUUGGCUGUGAUUUGGGCCUGUUUGUGCUGAAACUACCGAGCCACUUUGGGGCUGGAUGUGUUGACGGCUCCUCCACAUGUUGACUGACGCUCUGCGUGGCGAAGCACGCCUGCUGCACGUCAUCCUCAGUACGUCACAACUUGUGUCUGUGUGCUACUGGGCGCAGCUCGGCUGCUUUAUCGUGACAUUCGGUGUUGGAGACGCCCAGCGGUGCUGAGUCUCCAGUAGGAUUGUAACCUCUCUUGUACUCGUAUAAUCUAACGUACCUUGAUGGUAGUUUUAUUUCAAAUCGUCAGUAGCUCUAUUGUCGUGCUAGCUAGCUGCUUGCUCUGCAGUGUGGUGUGUUGCACUGAAAUCAGCAUUUAUUGAGACUCAUCUGCUGAAACAAUCUCAAACCUGCAAAAUCUGCAGCUCUGAUUUCUUACAGAAAACACAAACAGUUAUUUGGUUACUCCUCAGGACCAGCUGCCAUUUCUGAAUACAAUUUUUAUCCAAAUUCUACCUAUAAAGAUCUGCCUGACACACUGUGAGUGUUGAAUAUAAAGAAUCCUCCCAUCCCAAGAGUUAAAGGAUUGUUGCCAUCAGCCUCCUGCCUUAACGCACAGAACCUGUUCUGUGUUCCAAAAACCCCGAUGGAGAACCAAACGAUGCUGCUGUGUGGCUCAGACUGCCACAGCUGUUCACUCAGAGGAGAAACUAAAAGCACACCAAAUCUAACUAUUUUUGUAGAAACCCAUUUUCCUUGUUGAAUAUUUUAGAUGUAAGAUACACUUUGUGACAGAAGUUUCAUCAGCAGCAGAGAUCCUUUACUGAAAGUUUAGUGGAAGGACAAAAGAAAAGUUCAAAUUGAUUAUUUCUUUAAAUAUUUCAAUGAUUUAUAGCCCUGAAUUUUUUUAGUAUAUAAUUUAUAUUUAUUGUAAAAAGAAAAUGUAGUAAUAAUUCCAAGGUUUACCAGCUCAGGAAACAAAUGAUCAUCCAUUCUGUAGAAAGUCUUAAAUCUGCAUAAAAACAACCUCCCACCAAAAUGGAAACGUUGUGUGUAGGUGGAAAGAAGGAAAGUUGUUGAUCAGAUGCAGCCAUGAACUCUUCCAAAAAACCUGGGACUUUUGUUGCUCUGGAGUUUUUACAGAUUUUUAGAACAAAGGAUGGAAAGACAUCAGCUCUGGAAAUCAGCCGGUGACUUUAGAGCAGGGGUGGGCAAUCCUGGUCCUGGAGGGCCGGAGUCCUGCAGCUCUUAGACGCCUCCCUGGUCCAACACGCUUGAAUCCAACAGCUGAAUCACCUCCUAAGUGCAGUCUGGUUCUCCAGAGUCCUGCUAACGACUUCAUUAUUCGACUCAGGUGUGUGUUGAAGUAGAGACACGUCUAAAAGUUGCAGGAGACCGGCCCUUGAGGCCUGGAGUUGCCCACCCUUGCUUUAGAGCGACUGUUAGAUCAUCUCCAAACCGUUUCAUUCUGCAGAGAGAAACAUUUUUCAAGCGGACAACGUUUAGGGCAGCUGCCGUCCCGGUGUCCACCCCGCGACGGUCCAAAGGUCAAAGAAAUGACAAAACAUUGAAGGGCGCCGUCUCAGAGUCUACAGGCUGCAGUCAGCGAGCUGCUUCAUAACAGGACAAUUAAAAAAACCUCGGUACGUCACGGCUGGAGCAGCUGAAGGAAAGACGUCUGGACCAACGUCCUCUGGACGGAUGAGACCAACGUGGAGACGUCAUGAACUCCUCUGCAUUUAAAAGUGUUCUGGACUCAAACUGAGGCUGACACUCCAUCCAAAAUGUGACAGAACGGCUGAAAAACAGAAGAAUCCAGGUUUUACAAUGACCUAGUCAAAGUCCAGACCUCAACCUGAUGCGGUGCUGUAGUGAAACCGAGACGUGCAGAAGUUAACGUCAAAGUGGUUCUGCCAGCUGUUGGAUCAUCUGUGCUCAUCACACACAGCUUUUAAACUUCGGUUCACCUUUUCUCCUCCAGACGACCGUAAUGUGGUAGAGGUCAAAGGUCAUCUGGGACCAGAAGAUUCGAAGUUCUAGCAUGUAAGAGUGAGAGGAAAGGCGGUGCUCUGAACGUAGCCCUAUCCGUUUGUAGAUGAUGAAUUAACGGCUCUGAGUUUUGCUGCUGCCGCCGGGACGUUUCGCUCGCCCUCCUCCAACGCUCUGGUUUGAAUUCGCUACUGCUUUAAGUGUUAACCCAACAUCUGAAUGUUAAUUUAUAAGUUUAAAGAAAUGUAUUCACUUAAACUGAGGAAAAAGAACCACCUUUUUGUGUUUUUAUUUUUACGUUUGCUCCUAAGAUUUCUCCUUCUUUUCUUCUUUAUUGAAACCAUGAGAUCAGAAAUGUGUUUGUUUGUACCUGAUGCUGUGGAGACGUUUGCAGUACAAUCAAAACCCGAUUUCAGGUGUUUGCUGUAAUUUACGGUGUUUAUUUAGCCGCAUUAGGGACCCUCACUCCCCGCCUCUGUGUUUAUAGCACUUAUUAUAUCAGUGUAUAGUAAUGGAAACGUCACUUUAUGAGGCUACUGAUUGUAAUCUUGUAAGUGUUUAGGCCAGCGUUGCUCUCUCCUUACUCUGUGCAGACCAAAUCAAAAAGCUGCCCUCUGUUUGUUACUUUUUGGAAUAAAUCCCCAACCUGCAGUCUGUCUGUCAGACAUUGACUUGUAAAUGAUUUUAUACUUUCAGUGUGAUGCUGUUUUUCUUAUCCUUCAGGCACAGAACUCAAGACGCUCCUUGAAUGUUAUGAACCUGUAAUGUAAUAUUUAUUUGUCCAUCACUGACGUGUGGACUGCUUUGGUUCAUGUGUGUGUGCUUUUUUUUCCCUGCAUCUAUUUGAUGUUGAUGGCGCUCGGCUUACUCACACGGCUGCACAUUUACACUUUCUUUCUUUAAAUCUCGCGUCACGCCUGAGAUGAAACCCUCCUUUUGUUCACCCAGACUGAACAUUGGGACCAAACGAACUUCUGAGUGGAACGCUGCUGGCGUUCCUGCAGGAAGCUGGAAAAACGACGUAUAUGCUCUGUUUGGUGACACAGAAAUCUGUAUUUUGUUUCUUCAUUUAAAGCAGCAGUGUGAGUUGGAUGAUUGUGGCUAAUAAACUUUCCAGAUGUGUUUGAACCAAA